CAUGUGUCUACUAGCAUGCAAUCUGCAAACGUACGUACUUGCAUCUCACGCACACUCACUCAUAUAAAAUGCCCUCAAUAAAUCCUCGCUCCCAAUCCCUCACAUACUUCCCUUCCCUUCUUUUUUCACCUUAAAUAUUUGUCGGUUCGAUCUGUAUCAGGGUCGAUUCUGCACCACCCACACUCCUUCUAUGAUGUCUCCUGUGGCCGCACGCUUCAGGCUAUUGCAUACCGCUAUCAUCAGUAGCCAGGCAAUUAUCCUGGUAUUUGGGUAUACGUUUCUUGGUACAGUUCUCUAUUAUGAUUACCUCUCUCUACCCGAUCAAGUCAGCAACUUGUGGAGCCAUUACCCCGGAGAGUUGGCCAUGAUAGCCUCAUUGAUAGCAACUGUGCUUUCGGUCACUACCGCUGCUGCUUUCACGUUUUCGAUCAAGGAGGCAUUGAGACAUCGGAUAUUGCAGCCCAUCUCUCUCGUUCAGCUAAGCGCCGGUGUCGCUUUGGCGAAGGGCUCCAUCAUGUUGAGACCUGAGCACUUACGACUAACCACCAUGACGCUGUUCGCCUUUGGUGUCCUGAGACUUUUGACAGCUGGGUGGACGACUCUCCUGACACCGACUUACUUUCUAUGGCCAGUUGAGAUGCGAGGAUCCGAACUUGACAUUACUGGAUCCGCGUUUUCCACCUUGCUCUUCGAAGAAUUUCGAAUUCAGGGUCUCACUGCCAUCCAAGACAAUUCCUUCGAGAUUCUCGACAUCGGCGGAAUGUUAAGCGGAGUCUCUGCUGCAGGGUAUAACUAUGGUCUUCCUGGCACGUUUAAUUUCAAUGGCGCAAAAUAUAAUGUAUCUACUCAGGGAAUUGUGCCCGCCAUCGAGGAUUAUUCAGGUUCAGAUGGAAUUCCAAGUGCUAAUGGCACUCGUCUCGGCUUUUCUGGCGGAAACGUCACAGUCAACUUAGGACCGAUACCGGGAGAACACACCAGCGUGUCCAUUCCCCAAGGCUUCAGCAGAAAUUACUCGAUGUGGCAGCAGGGGUUAACAGCCAAUGUCAGCUGCCGGCCCAUUGACCCGAGUCAAACGCAGUAUGGUUGGAACACGGCCAACUCCUCCCUCGUCUAUGCCAACUCGGCUGCUUCGAACGACUCCAUCACUGGUCUUCGCCUGUGGAAUAUAAGUGCAAACUGCGGUGCCAAUACGUCCAUGACGCAGGAAUAUGUGACCAUGGCGGAUGCAAAUGGAAAUGCAAACGUGUUAAGGAAUGGCUUUCUUCCUUCCGUUGUGUGCCCGGGGCCUACGGAUCUGAAUCAAACUUAUACAAGCUUCACGAUUAUCUCACAAGGAUUUUUCAAAUAUAGGUUCCUUGACGCAAGCGUGUGCGAGGUGACUCCGCUGUUGACCACAGUCCGCGCCAACUAUUCCAGUGACCUAAUUUCUUCCGAGGUCAUUUCAUCCACCCCUUUUCAACCAGAGAAUGAACAACUUCUGUCGUUCGUCAUUGGAACUGCCAAGUUUCAGUCAAUCAGCUCACAGGGGCUUACGAGCAGCGCAAUCGGAGAUACUCUGUACACCGUCUAUUCCUCAACAACUAAUACAUCUAUCGACGACAAUCUUGGAAAUCAAACGCAGGUUUACAAAGAGCUGGAGGAAUAUUGGCGUGGCGUUGUUGAGUUUUCUGCCACGUUCCUCCGCUCUGGGUUUAUGGUUGUGGGUAGCUUCCCCGAUAAUACCAUCCCGGACAACCUCUCCUCCCCAAUCAAUGGAACAAUGUACAUAUCGACGAUAGGUUGGACUCGGGGGUCGAUGAUAUCUCUUCUCGCUAUCCUUCCCAUCACCAUCAUAACCAUCCUCACAGUCGCCUGCACUUUGUAUAGUAUCUUGCAUGCUGAGAAAAAGAACAUUGGCAAUAGGAUCAACUUCAAUGCGUCGAACCCCCUUCAUCUCAUUAUGGCAGCUGCUGCCGGGGGUCUGACACUCCAAGAUUUCGACGACGACGGAAUUAUCGCCAACGAGGGCAUGAAGGUGACCCUACAGGACAACGGUGCGCAGAGAAUGUUUGUAGAAGAUAAGGUCGUAUGAUUGCAGGUACCAUUGUGCCAUGGCAGUUGUCCUUUCAUACCCGUAUGCCCAUUCUUACUCCUGUCUGAUUGUAACGGUGGCGCUGUCGCCUAUUCAUUCCGAUUUUAUCAAACUCUCUUACCACGCUCCUUUGCUUGUUAUUCUACACUCUUUGAUGUUGCCAUAGGCCAAGUACUUUGCUCCCCAUCCUUCA